AAUGCUAUUGGCUAAUUUUGCAAUACAGAUGCCCUCAGAGAGAGAGAGAGAAAGGGAAACACUUGUCACUGGUGGAGUCUGCGUGGGACAGGGUGGCUGAGUGGCACAUCCUGAGUUCUGUGCCUGCCUGCCCCAGAAUCUCAGAGAAGGCAAAAUAGACUCGAAGGCAUGUGGAAUGUCUAACAGUAAGACCAGUUUGCUAAAAGCUCCAUGAGGAGUGGCUAACUCUCCACCCCCUCCAAAAUAAGCUGAAAAGCUUUCACCAUGCCAACAUCCUACCCUGAAUCCAACACACCGGACUUUGAGUACGAUGAGUUCGCAGAAGCCUGUAAAGUGGAAGACAUCGUAGCAUUUGGGGCCGUCUUUCUGUCCAUAUUUUACUCCCUCGUCUUUGCCUUUGGUCUGGUGGGCAAUCUGUUGGUGGUGUUCGCUCUCACCAAGAGCAGGAAGCCCAAGAGCAUCACUGAUAUUUACCUCCUGAACCUGGCUCUGUGUGACCUGCUCUUCGUGGCCACGUUGCCCUUCUGGACUCACUAUGUGAUCAAUGAAGAAGGCCUCCACAACGCAGUGUGCAAGCUCACGACUGCCUUCUUCUUCAUCGGCUUCUUUGGCGGCAUAUUCUUCAUCACCAUUAUUAGCAUCGACAGAUACCUGGCAAUCGUCUUGGCAGUCAACUCCAUGAACAACCGGACUGUGCAGCAUGGCGUCACCAUCAGCCUUAGCGUCUGGGCAGCAGCCAUCCUGGUGGCAGCACCCCAGUUUAUGUUUACAAAGCAUAAAGACAAUGAAUGCCUAGGCGACUACCCUGAAAUCCUGCAGGAAAUCUGGCCUGUGCUCCGCAAUGUUGAAGCAAAUGUUCUGGGCUUUCUGCUGCCCCUGCUCAUCAUGAGUUUCUGCUACUUCAGAAUCAUCUGGACAUUGUUUUCUUGCAAGAACCAGAAGAAAUCUAGAGCCAUCAAACUCAUCUUAUUGGUGGUCGUCGUGUUUUUCCUCUUCUGGACGCCCUACAAUGUGAUGAUUUUCCUGGAGACCCUCAAACUCUAUGACUUCUUUCCCAGUUGUGACGUAAAGAGGAAACUGAGGCUGGCCCUCAGUGUGACUGAGACCUUGGCGUUUAGCCACUGUUGCCUCAACCCCCUUAUCUAUGCAUUUGCUGGAGAGAAGUUCAGAAGAUACCUGUCCCACCUGUACCGGAAAUGCAAGGCGGCCCUGUGCGGUCCCUCGGUCCAUGCCGGCUUCUCUGCUUCAGAGUCACCGAGGAGCAGACAGGGCAGCAUCCUGAGCAGCAACUUCACUCACUACACGAGCGAUGGAGAGACAUCCAUCCUCCUAUGAGGGCUCCCCCAGGCCGUCUCUGUGGGAGCGCAGAGCUCCUGAGCUGAUGCCAGCUAGGCGCAUCAGUUUUGUUGUUACUUCUUACAUGGAAGAAAUAUGGACUCCGUACUAACCAGACAGUCCGGUCUUUUCAAGAAUUGUGCUUAAAACUUGAAUGAUAAGGCUAGUCGUGGCUCUUACUGGAAGGUCAGGAACUUUUUCUUUCUCCCCCCCCACCCCCUUAACUUCACUUCAGAAGGAACUUUUUCUUAAAGAUGACAAAAAUUCAACCCUGACUAGUUUAGUUACAGGGUGGUGGGUACUACUCACAGUGGUGAGGGGAUGGCUGAGCCCUCAGGGUGAGUUGAAACCAGACCCUGAAUCUAACUAGAGCUUUUUCUCACUGAUCUUCAGAUCUUUGAGUAGCGACUGGUCUUCCAAGCUCACAUAACACAGCUCUGUCACUAGAGAGGGACUGAAACCUAUUCCUUUCUGGUCCCAGGGUCCAAAUUCCCAGGGAAGGAUUCUGAUUGGUUAAGCUGGUACCAGGGACCCGUCUUUGGACCAGAGGGUGUGAUCCCACAAAGCAGGACAUAGCACCUCAUGAUUAGAGGUGAGGAAGGUAUAUCUCCAAGAAUUUGUAGGGGUGAACACUGUCCUGAUCAGACAGCACAAGGGCCAGACGCCAUCCUCACUGUGUACCUAGCCAGUGCCUCCCCGAUCACGUGAACCAGUACCCGUAGCUGACUCCCUGUUCACUAAACCUCUUUCUCCCCACCCUGCAAGAGUUCCCAGCUGCUCACUGCAUCCAGUCCAAACUCAAGUGCCUGGUGCCUGGGCUGCCACAACGUCACCUAACCUACAAAUUCCAAAGGAAUUCUGUGGAGGAGAGAGUCCUCCCCAAAUGAUUCCACUUACUCCGUCAGUCAGGUCUCUUCCAUAAAAACUCCACACAUCUCAUUCCACUUGUUUUCGGGCCCUGAGGGAGAGAUAGAAAGGACCCUGCCUCAGAGCGAAGGGAUGGAUUCCAAUCCCAGCUCCGGCCCUGUCUACUGGGAAGGUUGGGCCAACAGGGUGCCAUUUCCCGGUCUGUAGCCAGGGAAUAAUGGCACUCUUCAAUAGAGAACCCCUUUCCAACAUGAAAAGCCAGCCACUCUUGCAGGCCAUAACCCUCUACUCUGGUUCCAGAUGUCAACUUUUCUGCACCUGGUAGUGCUGCACUCUGGCCAGAAGUGUGGUGACAGAACGUAGCCCAGACAGAGAGGACACUGGACCCCAUCGCAGCACUCAAGGAGCGCCUAGGUCCACAAGCCUACCUGACCCAAACCUCCUCUGCUGUCCUCAGUAGUCCUUCCCCCAGGGACUUCCAGCGAACUCCUACCCAGCUGGGAAAAAGCCCCAUUCCUCUUGCCCCUGCUAACGUGGAAAGCCAGGGAACAGGGUCAGCCUUCUACUCUCAGUGAACACUGAGGGUGGUGUAAAACUUCAAAGCUCAAAAAACAACUGUAACAGUGCUGAAAAAGAUACCUAUGCUCUAAUCACACAGAUAUUUUCACGCCUGCAGUUACCAGCAUGUGUUUAGGAUUCCAACCUUAACAACGUAUGGUUUUAUAAUCUGCUUUUUUCAACCUUGGAUUGCAAAUACCUCUCUUACAUAAUCAUCACGUUCGAAGACUCUACCAGAUUGCACACUCACUGAAGCAGAAUGCUGCAGCCCUGACAGUCUUAGCAGUGGGUGUGUUUAAUGAAGGAGAAUAAAUCAUGUUCCUUCAAGAUCAUGUACCAUAAUUUACUCACCAUUACUCUGUUGAUGAACAUUUAACUUGUUUCCAAUAUUUAACAAAUACACACUUUGCAUCACUUAUGUCUGAA